CGUUGCCAUGGAGACGCCGGCUGGGCCGGUCGCCAUGGACACGGCGGCGCCGCCGGGUGGUGGGCGGCACGCGCUGCUCGCCGUGAUCGGGGAGAUCGGGACGGAGCCGGAGCGGGGCGCGCUGCGCGGCGCCCUGGAGCGCGGGGGUAGUGUAAUUCAUUUGGCUUCAUCUCUUGUUGGUUUCCCUUGCAUGAAGUCCAAGUUGAAUGGAGACUUGCUUACUGCAUGUCCUUCAUGGAACACUUCAUUUCUUCAGGAAAAAUGUCUUAUGCAAGGAAUUCGUUCCUGGAACAUUAAUACUCUAUACUGUGAUCUGAAUCAUCAACUGCGGCUCUUUGUAAAUCGACAUCUGGCUCAGUUUUCUUCUGAAGUCAAAGGCAGCUACAAAGAGGAUGGAGGCUUUCCCUUCACAAGGGGCAGUGAGUGCAAGUUGCAUUGGAAGACUAUUGAAGUCAGGUCAAUGUUUUUACUUGUGCAAGUGAUUCAAUUUCUUCAUGGAACUUGGAAUGGCUUGGAGUGUCAGCUUGUGCCAUAUGCUUUUUCCUACUGCACUGCUUAGUUGGUUGUCAGUGAUGCAACAAUGAUUAUUUGGACUUUUGAUGCGAUUUCUAGUCCUUGAGCAAUUAAUUGUCCUGUACCAUUUGUCUGCCAACAUACUUUUGACCAGAGAAAUACAAAAGCAAGCAUUUGUCA